ACCACCAUCACGACGAACACACAGAGAAACUUAACAAGAAAGCCCUCGUUCUUCAGCAACUCAUUUACCUCCAUUAUCCAAUCCCUUCGUUGUUUAAUCUCUUUCCGCUCCCCUCCCCCCUCUCUCUAGGGUUUGCGAAAUUUUGACAAAUGGGUAUUGUAAAAGUUGCUGUGAAUGUUAGACCUUUGAGUGAUGAAGAGGUUAAAAUCGGAACACAUUCUUUUACAUUCGAUCAUGUUUAUGGAAAUAAGGCUUCUUCCCCGAUUUCGAUUUAUGGUGAUUGUGUGGCUCCAUUGGUUGAUGCUCUCUUUGAUGGCUAUAAUACAGCAGUUCUGGCCCAUGGACAAACUGGAUCAGGCAAGACCUAUACCAUGGGGACCAACUACACUGGAGAUGGAAGUACCGGUGGUAUUAUCCCACAGGUGAUGAAUUCCAUUUUUUCUAAGAUUGAGGAGAAAAAAGAAGCCAAGGAAUUUCUAAUAAGAGUUUCUUUUGUCGAGAUAUUCAGAGAAGAAGUCAUUGAUUUAUUAGAUCCAAAUUCUGGCAAGGGCAAAAGGACUGUGGCAAAGGUAGCUGCAAAAAAGCCUAUCCCAAUUCGAGAACUAGAAGAAGGGGUGUUCACUGUUCCUGAUGCAGCAGCGGUAGAAGUCAGAACAAAACAGCAGAUGGCAUCGUUUUUGUCCCAAGGUUCAUUAAAACGUGCUACUGGAAGUACAAAUAUGAACAGCCAAUGUAGCCGCUCACAUGCCAUCUUUACAAUCUCAAUGGAACAAAGGAGAAGCACGCGUAUCCCUGGUGAUGGUAUCUUGAGUGCGAAGCUACAGUUUGUGGACCUUGCAGGUUCUGGAUCUAUGAAUAAAAGUGGAGCAGAUGGAGAAGGGAUUCCCAUUAAUAAAGGAAUACUGGUUCUUGAACAAGUAAUUAGUGCUUUGGUAGUUAACAAGAAGAGGAAGGAAGGAGGCCAUGUUCCUUACCAUAACAGCAAGUUAACACAAUUACUGAAGGACUCUCUUGAUGGAAAUAGCAAGACAGUGAUGAUUGCUUGUGUGCGUCCGGCUGAUUCAUAUAUCACAGAAACGCUGAACACUUUGACAUGUGCGUAUCUUGCUCGAAACAUUCAGAAUAAGGCAAUUGUAGGGACUGUAAACCAGAGCCAUGAACUUGAGUGCUUGAGAAAAGCUCUUACCCUGGAGAAAAAUCGGAGCAUGGAUAAGUCUGCAGAACUUGAGAGCUUGAAAAAAGCUUUGACCCUAUCUGAGGAACAUAUUGCAAGGGAGAGAAAAUGCAGCAUGGAUAAGUCUGCUGAAAUUGAGCAGUUAAAAAUCAAGAUAUCUGUCGCCGAGGGUGAAAUCCGUGAACUGCAUCAAAAUGAUAAGGCCUUGCAAAAAGAGAAUCGCCUGCUAAAGGAUGAACUUCUUCAUAUGAAAUCAAAUGCUUCUCCAUCAGCAGGCUCCAAAGGAGCAUAUUCAACAAGUUGGAAUGCACAUAGAAGCCUCGAGCAACCUACCACACUACCUCAUGUCGAUGAUGACAGUGAUGAUGCGAUGGGAAUGGACGAAACAGUCGAGAGGCAUGAAAAUACGGCUAGAAAGAAAGCUAAGACUCGUAAGCGUAAGAGGCUAUUAUACAAUGUGUGGAAACCAGAUGAGUUCGAAUUAUUAGAGGUAUGAAUGAUCUCAUAUUGUUUUAUCUUCUAAUUCUUUUUUUUUUAAAUAAGU